AUGUCCCAGAUCCUGUGUGAGUGGCUCAACCGGGACGUGAAGCUCUCCCGGCGCAUCGUUCCAGGAUCAUUUCCAGAAGCAUUUUCUACUGGCUACCUCCUAGGAGAACUUCUACACAAAUAUGGUCUUCAGGAUGACUUUAAACAAUUUUCACAGAACAGAGGUGCAGAUGCAAAAAUUAACAAUUUUUCUCGCCUGGAACCCACACUUCACCUCCUUGGUGUGCAAUUUAAUGAGAAUAUGGCCCAAGACAUCAUGACAAGACAGCACGGGGCUGCAACAAAGCUUUUAUAUGAAUUGUAUAUUGCUUUAGAAAAAAAGAGGAAGACAAAGCUCACUGGGCUAGUUGUGGGAGCAAUGAGACCUGCAGCAACUGCAAAGCAUGCAUCUACUGAAAGUGGAAAUCAAGAGCAUUACCUAGGAAGGAGACAAAAUGAAAUAAUGGCCAGGAUUCAAACAGGUGUUAUACAGAUUCAAAAACAACCAUCAAGACCCACCAUAAAAUCUUUAGAAGACAAAAGAUUAUUAAAGAAGAAAAGGGAAGCAGAGAACGUAUACAAGGAGAUAGAAAAGUUUGAGAAGUCUAUGACAGGAAAUGUCUCUGCAGUACAUGGCCAUGUGACUGACAGUGAUAUGCAAACACAGAAGUUUCAAGAAGCAAGUCUAGAAACUAUACCCGAGACAAGAACUGAGCUGUUAAGUAUUUAUUCAGAUGAUGAAUAUUUAAGGAAGAUUCAAAAACGUGUACAGGAAGAUGCAUUCGCUAGAGAGCAACGAGCAAAGAGACGACGAAAAAUGCUACAGGAUCAGUUAGCAGCACAUGAGGCUCAAGAGAAGGUUUACCGGGAGGAGCAGCUCAUUUACAGACUAAUGAGACAAUCUCAGCAUGAGCGAAGGAUUGCUACUCAACUCAUGCACGUUCGACAUGAAAAAGAGGUGAUAAGACAAAAUAGAAUUUUCAGGGAAAAGCAAUAUGAAGAAAGACGACAGAAGGAGUUCCAGGAAGCUCUUGACAGAGAAGCGGCUCUUGCAAAACAAGAAACUAUUGAUAAUGAAGAAAAAAUAACCAGAGAAAGAGAACACCAUGAGAAAAUUGCUGCGGAAAGAGCUCAGGCACGCUAUAAAAAGCAUUAUUCUAUGUGUUGGGAAAUGAUAGGCCAAAUCAUUGAUAUCUCGACAAAAGUAGUAGAAUAUCAACAACUGACGAACAACUGUGUUCCACUAAAACUGAUGCUGGAUUGGAAGGAACUUUUUUUUAAUGGAAAACCAAUAUAUGAACAAGCCUCAAUUCAACCUUUGUCAGAUGAACCUAGCCCAGAACAACUUGUAGAGCUGAGUAAAAUGAGUCUGUUAGAUGAAAAAGAUUAUGGUGAAUACAAGAAUAUGACAGGGGAAUGGAGCCCAACUGAAGAGAACAGUGAAAACAAACCUCCUCUUAAUAAUAACAUAUUGGGUCAUGUGCUUCGUAGACUGAUGGAAAUGUUCUAUCCUCCAAAACCCAAAUCUUCACGUGAAUUUCCUUCAUUUCCCGUCAAGGGAUGUAUUUUGGGAAAAAUAUUUAGUGGAAAAACUACCUGUGCAAAGUUUGUUGAAAAAGUUUGCAAUAUUCAGGUACUAUCUGUUGGUACUCUGGUUCAGGAGGCCAUUGAAGCUUUUCAUAAUAAUGAAAUGAAAAGUGAAUCCAGCAUAAUUUCACAAGAAGCAGAGAGUUCUGGAGAGCAAGAUGAGGCCCAGGAGAGCUUACCAAAUUCAUCACCAAAUCUUCUAGAGGAGUUCCAAACAGAGCCCACAGCUGAACUUACCAUAGACAAUUAUCCUGUUGAAAAGGAUCCAUCCCAGGAUGAAAUCCAGGAAGAAUUUGAAUCCGAUAAGAGUCAGGAUGGCCAAUCUAAGGAUGAAGAAUUUGAAUCUGAUAACAGUCAGGAUGGCCAAUCCAAGCUAUCUGUACGUGCCCAGCUUGGUGCUGCAUCACAGAAAUGGCUGAAGAACGGAAAAAGUGUUCCUGAUGAAUUACUAGUUGACAUCCUAUUGGAAGCCAUUGCCCAGAUACCACCAGAGAAGGGAUGGAUUGUGGAGGGGUUUCCAAUGACAAUUAAUCAGGCAAAGCUAUUUGAAAAAUCCUAUACAGGGAUUGAUGUAGAAGCAAAAGAUCCAAUUUCUGAAAAGCUGUCCCUUGCUAUAGAUCCCAGAGUCCCUAACCAGCCUCCUCCUACCUCACCUGCAUUUGAUGUUUCUAUAUUAUUGGAUAUUUCAGACAGUCUGGUACUGAAACGUGCAGCUAAUGUGAAGUUAGAUGAAAGAAAGGCGUCUCAGGGUGAACAGGGCAGCAAUCAAAAUUCAGAUGCCGAAAUCCUAGAAGAAAAGAUUGGCUUGGCUAGGGAGCAGGUGCUACACAGGAUUUCAGGCUUCCUAAAGACAUGGCCAAAAUUAGAGAAAUGGUUUUCAGUCCAUCAAAACAAUCUAGUGAAAGUAAAUGCAGAGACAGAAGAAAGUCUUGUGUGUGAAACAGUGAAGGAAAUUAUAACAGAAGAAAUUGUGAAAAAUCAGAAUAGAAGGUCUGCAGAAGAAAUACCACCAGAAGAAGAAGAGGUUUUACCAGUUACUGAUGAAGAAGAGGUUUUGCCAGUUGCAGAGGAAGAAGAGGUUUUACCAGUUAAAGAUCAGCCUUCUCCCUUGUCUGAGGCACCACCAGUGAUUGAACCAGGAUCAGAUGAAUGGAUUUAUGUGGAUGAACCACUUCCCCAGGAAAUAAUUGAUUUAUUAGUACCUUACUGGGAAAUGGUCGAAAAUACAUAUAUGAAUACGAUCAAAACUGUACUUAGAUGUCUAAGAGAUGAACAGUACACUAUAAUUCAUUACACAGCAGAUAUUAGAAAGAAUUUUCAAGAUUAUUUGAGACGUCCACAUUUUAUGCAGGAGUUUGUAUCUCAGUGGCAAGCAGAUUUUAAUUCAAUUGCUGAUGAGCUGCAAGACGACGAGGAAACAAAAGCUGAACUACACCAAAGGGUUACUGACUUAAGAGAUCUUCUCUGGGAUAUCUGUAACAGCAGAAGGGAAGAAGCAGAGCGGGAACGUACUGGUAUCAUGAAUGAAGAGUGGCUACCAGAUCGCAGGGGGAUUGCAAUGAACCAUUUCUUUACACUUAUGCAGGUUGAACUGGAUCGUUUCCAAGAUACAAAGAGACUUCUUCAUGACUAUUAUAGGGCAAUGGAAGGAAAAAUCCCAACAGAAGACAAUCAAGAUUUUACUAGACUCCCAUUGUUAGAUAUUAUUAAUGGAGAGCGGAAGGAAGAUCAAGAUGAAUCAAGAAGGAUUCCUCUAGUUUCUUGGAAACUACCUUCACCAGGUAAUACAGAGUCAGAAAAGAGUGGAACUAAGAAGAAGAAUCUUAAGGAUAAUAGUUCUGAAAAUGGAGUGACUACUUGCAGGGAUGAUAAAACCCUUGUUAUUGAUACAUGGCGAACAGCAGUAACAGCAGUAUCAGAUAUGGUAACAGCUGAAAUAGAGUUUAGAGAAAUGGAGGAAGAAAAUGAACGUCAGCUAAAACAGAAAUCUUCGAAAGCUGCACCCAAACAACCAGGCAAAGCGGCUGGGAAAGAUAGCAAAGGUGCCAAAAGUGCAUCUUCCAAAUCACCUCCUAAAAAAAAAGGAGCAAAAGCCACUCCAGCUCCUAUAGAUCCAGAAGAAUUAAGGAAAGAAGAACUGGCAGUUAAAAUAAAGCAAGAAUAUUUCAGUGCCUUGAAACAGGAGGAGGCAGCCACAAAAUCUCGGCUAGAACUUAUAAAAGAAAAAGCUUUAGCAUUUCUUGAGGAUCUAAAAUUUAAAGCAGAAGAUGCUUAUAAAGAUAUGGAAAAGUGGCUUGGAUCCACCUUCUUGGAGGAAAAAUCAAGUGUUGAAAAACUGGUAGAGGUUGCACGACAUCAUAUUGAGAGUUCUAGCAAAAUCCUAUAUGAAAUUACUUUAGAAGGAACAGAUUUUUUCAUCAAUAGCGAUGUAAAAAUGGUUCCUGACCCUGUUCCUGACCCUGAUCCUCCACCAGAAUUUCAACGCAUAGAAACCUCUGGAAGCAGUACUCUAACUAUUUCACAACUUACUACACUUCAUAAGCAGUUUCUACAGCUGGCGCCUAAAGGUUUUAUAUCAAAGAAAGUAUUUAUUGAAAGUGUUAGUGGCUUGGUUAAUUUGAAUCUUGGAAAAAAUUGCUACCCUGAUGCAUGGAAGAACUUAACAUUUGCAGAUUUAGAAAAUCUGGCAUCUGAAUUCACAGUGAACUCACAACUUACUGACUGGCGCAGAUUCUUGCUGGCAGCAGCUCAGCCUUGGCCAGUGCCGUCUGUGACACAACUCCUCCAAACACUGCAUGUCUUCAAGUCUGGUGAUGUCACUGGAUCAGGCUUCAUUACACGGGAACACUAUUUACAGGUUGGCUUAUGGUUUAAUGGAAAUGAAGAUCUAAGCAUAACAGAAAGUUGUGAAGAACCUGUGUCUUUAGAAAGGCUAAAACACCUCAUAGAGUUUUUCUUCCAUUUAUUUGCGGAUUCCAAAAAAGACCCUGCUCUGCUGGACUAUACUGAGAUGCUGCUUUAUUUCGCCUCCCACUCUGAUCCAGUUGAAGGUGUAUACAGAGCACUUAGCAUUGUUACUGGAGCAUAUAUUCACAGAAAAAAGAAAGCUUCCCUUCCACGUGUGGAUUCUUCAAGCCCCAACAUAAUGUCAAAUGAAAAGACUUUAAUCGAGGAUGAAAAAGAAGUCUUGAAUUGCACAGGAGAAGGAAUUAUUUCAGUGGCAUCUCUACUCAAAGUGUUUCAUACUAGAGGAAGUAAAGAUGAAGAUUAUCAUAGAUUUAGCUGUCUGGAGAAGGCAGACAGCUAUGAUAAGCAUUUCAUCAAGAUGUACCAAGAAUUAGGUGCUGAAGAUCUGGCACCCAUUGCGUUUGAACUCCUUUUGAAGCAUCCUUUCAUGGAAGAGUUGAUUAACACAUGUCAAGAAUACAAACUUCCUGAUAUAAAAGUCUUUCUCCAAGGAUCCAAAGAAGCACAAUCAACUGUUGGGGAGCAAAACACAUGUGAAGACAUAAAUGUAUGAAAAAAUACUGUUUAUGAACAUUAAGAAAUCUUUUUUCUCAAAGUCUGUAAAAAGUGUGUCUUACAGGUCCAGUCCUCUCUUCCAUGAAAAAAGUUUUUUGUUUAUUGUUGCAAGAGCAAAAUCCCAUUCCAACUACACAUUUUCUGUUACUUUUAAAUUAAAAAACUCAAAACAACAAAACCAAAAAAAGGGAAACUUAUGGUUUGCUCAUCUUAU